ACUGCCGCAAACCGGUCUGUAUGUGAACGCAGGGCUGCUGCUGCUCUGUUCAGGUUCAGGUUCAGAGUAGUUUAGUAUGUGGCGGCUGGAGAGGGGCGGUAUCACAAGAGCCCGAUUGUUUCCUUCAUUCACUGAGGAGCACAGGGCUACGGAUAGGACCUACAGAAAUUCUCCAAGCUGAAGUGACCAGCCAGCUGAAUGCAAACCCUGUACACGCUGCUGUGUCUGAGCCUGGUGGGGGCACUUCAGCCAGCUGACCACCUAACCCGGAAAGCCAUUCAGCGGCAUCGUGGCAGAGGGGCGGUGUCUGCUGGCGGGCACCGCUGGGUGAUCGAGAACUGCCGCCGCCUCUCGAGCCUCCUGCGGCAAAAGAACGCAGCCGUACGGAAGCUGGGGGCAGCAGCUGCAGCGGCGGUGCAUGACCAGACGCUCUCUGAUGCUGAACGCCUCUUCCAGGUGCACACGUUCGAGGUGUUCCAGAAGGAGCUGAAUGAGAGCGAGCGUUCUCUGUUCGAGGCUGUGCUCGGUCUUCAACGUGUGCUGAAAGGUGACUUUGGUGACGUGGCGAACAUGAAGGAAACCAGCCGCCAAAGGCUUGAGGCGCUCAGGGAAGCCGCCAUUAAGGAGGAGCAGGAGUAUGUGGAGCUGGUGGCAGCUGAGAAGCACCAGCAGGAGGCACUGAAGGUGGCGCAGGAGCGGAACAAGACCCUCUCCAUGCUGGACGAGAUUCUCGAGGACGUUCGGAAAGCCGCCGACCGCCUGGAAGAGGAGAUCGAGGAUCACGCCUUUGACAACAACAAGCAGAUGAAGGGGGUCAACGUGGAGGCAGUCCUGAGGGUGGAGGAAGAUGAAGAGGACAACAAGAUGAAGAAUGCGUCGUGGCAAGUAGCAGAAGGUUACCUGGGAUUGAGCAUGCUCAUUGAUUCACAGAACAACCAGUAUGUGCUGACCAAACCCAGAGACUCUACUAUUCCACGUGCUGACCACCACUUCAUCAGGGACCUGGUGUCAGUAGUGAUGCUUUCUCUGCCCUGUGGCUGGCUCUGCACACUGGUUGGACUGCCUUCUAUGUUUGGUUACAUAGUUUGUGGGAUUCUUCUGGGUCCUUCAGGGCUUAACAGCAUUAAGUCCAUGGUUCAGGUAGAGACGCUGGGGGAGCUGGGUGUUUUCUUCACACUCUUUGUGGUUGGACUUGAGUUCUCUCCUGAACGACUGCACAAGGUGUGGAAGAUCUCUGUACAGGGCUCCAGCUACCUCAGCCUCCUGAUGGUGGGGGCGGGGCUUCUUUGGGGAAAGGGGUUUGGACUCCACCCUAUUCAGACAGUGUUCAUUUCCAGCUGUCUGUCUCUGUCCAGCACUCCUCUCGUGUCACGCUUCCUUUCUGGCGGAUCCAGAGCGGAUAAGGAAGGUGAACUGGAUUAUAGCAGUGUUUUAUUGGGUAUGCUGGUGAUGCAAGAUGUUCAGCUGAGCCUAUUCAUCGCGAUCAUGCCAACUUUUAUCCAGGCAGGGAGUGGUGGGAUGGACAGCGUUCUGAUUGGAGGAUUGCGCAUACUCGUGCUGUUGGCUCAGAUCCUCGUCUCUUUCGCCGUUGUGAUAAUGAUCUGCUGGCUCCUCAGAUCUCAUCUUAUGGGUCCAUUCUACAGAAAGCUCCACGCUGAGAGUAAAGGGAACAAAGAGAUCCUUGUGUUGGGGACUACAGCCUUUGUAUUCCUAAUGCUCACAAUAACAGAUUUUCUGGAGGUUUCCAUGGAGCUCGGCUGUUUCCUUGCUGGAGCACUGAUCUCCUCACAGGGUCACAUGAUUACCACUGAGGUCAUGAGCUGUAUUGAGCCGAUCAGAGACUUCCUGGCAAUUAUUUUCUUUGCAUCUAUUGGGCUGCACGUGUUCCCGACGUUUGUUCUGUACGAGUUAACCAUCCUACUGGUUUUGACCCUGUCAGUGGUGAUCAUGAAGUUUGUCAUGGCAGUGCUGGUGCUGACGGCAAUCCUUCCUCUGGGCUCUCGACACAUCCGCUGGAUUGUAUCAGCUGGCCUGGCGCAAGUCAGCGAGUUCUCCUUUGUCCUGGGCAGCCGAGCUCGUCGAGCCGGCAUCAUCUCAAGAGAGGUGUAUCUUCUCGUACUGAGCGUCACAACCUUAAGUCUGCUGUUAGCACCUGUGCUUUGGAGAGCUGCGACUCUCAAAUUCAUCCCUCGGGUUGAGAAGAAACCGUCCACCUGACCCUCACUCAACAUAAGACUCGAUCUUUACUCACGUGGGAGAUUGCUGUACUGUAAGGGUUGUAAGCCAAGGCACCUUUUGGCUUUGACACAAAAUGGGAUCUUUUUUGUGUUCCAAGCCUCUCUGGGACAAAGAGACUGUAACGUCCCAUGUUUCUAAUGAGGACCAGUGUAUGAGCGGAUUAUAAAAGCCUUAUUCAUGGAGCAUACUUAGACAAUAAUGAAAAGAAUUCGCAAAAUAAGUUGAGAUGAGACUUGAAUUUAUUUAUAGUUGCGACUUACUGUGUUUUAAGCUCUUUAUUAUUAAUAUAUAAACUGUAUUUAAACUGUAUUUAUUCCUGUAGAGUUGCAAGCUUAAAGCUGUUCUGCUCGUCUAAGGAAGUGCCUUGACAUCAGCUGAUGUCAACAGAUGUACCAAAUAACUUCAGUGGGCGACGUACAUACCAGUUUGUCUAGUUGCACCAGCCUUUGAUAUCUGUACAGAUUUUUGCAUGUGUAAACAUUUGCACAUUCUUAUUGACUGUUAUAAAGGUCAACGACUUUCUGGGCUGAAGUCGAAUUAGAACAGAUAAAACAGCAUACACAUUCCAGCGCUGUCAUGUUUAUUAGUUCUGAAGUGGCUGCUGUUAGAUGUGGCAAUCUGUAUUUUUAAUGAACGUUCAAUAAAUUAUUUUUUGAAA